ACUAGGCCGACUGCUUGCAAUCGCUGGUACUGAUGCUCAUUUUAACGCGUAUAUAUUGACGUAUCGACUGUGACACGUUUUGAUCAGGCUCUAGUACGCUAUGACUGCCGAAAAUUGUUGUCUGGACUCCCAUUAUUCUCUUCCUGUUGGUUGUGUUUUGGCCAACGACGCGUUCUUUGUCUAUUGAUUACUAUAUAUGUAUUGACCACUUACGACCCUAUACCCACAAUCCAAACCCCCAUUCCCCCUCGCCACGAUCCAUCUAGUCGAAGUGUUGUUCUUGCAAUAUUCAUUACCACUGCUAAAUUCAUCGAGUUCACACGUUGCAUUUCCAUCAUGCAGUCGUACAGCCGUGCAGACCAAACCAAAUUAGCACCAUGCAUGACCCCCGUGGCGCUUGCUAGGUACCCACCACCUUCCAUGGCUAGUAGAAGUUCAUCUCCAAGGCCUGGAAUGCAGAAACAUUCCUCUCAGCCAGCCAAAUUGAGGCGUAAAACCCCGAGCACGAACCAUUCGCUCGAUGUGCCAACUUCUCCAAAGCCCUCAGGUCCAAAGGCAAAUUAUUACAAUGGCAGUCACAAUUUGUUGGCCUCACGAGACUUGACCGCGUCUCCAACUUUCCCGUUCAUGCAGGCCAAGCGCGCCCCAUUUGCCGCGGAGAAGGCCACGGCUGAUCGCCUCGGGCCCCCACCACAUUUGACGUUAGUCCAAUAUGAGAGGACUCACUCACUUCCUUACAAACCUACCAGUCCGAAGCAUGACUCCCGUAAGGCCAACCGAUCUGAUAGUCCUUCCGUCUUCGGCCGCGAACGUCAGGGCAGUACGCAGAAAUCUUCUGUUCCCCCUCUCGGGGAAUGCAGGGCUCCUGCCGGGAAGGUAUCGCGCUUCGUAGAAAUGCUCGAUCUUGGACCUGUAGAUCCCGCUGUCAUUGAGAGUGAAUGCCCUAGUCGUGGAAAGCUCAGGAAGCCCCGCAGGAGGAAUGCGACCACCAAUUAUUAGAAGGAUGGAUAUAUACCUGAACUAAAUGAUGCCCCACGUUUCCUUAUUGUUUAUUCCACUUUACGAACCACAGAACUCAUAAUUUCUGUAACGUUUCGUACCUUACGAAUGCCAUAAUUCUUUGUUCUGAAUGGCAAAGU